UUCUCUUAUGCGCCGAGGCGGUGAUUCACGUGUUGUUCGAGAAGUUUCGCCGGGUGCUAGUAAAUAACUGAAACUUCGGGAGAACGACAGAAGAGUAUAACACCUCGUGGUCAUAACAUACGAAAGCAUACACAGUACCGUCGAUCAAGAGAAUUUUCACCAAAAAAAGGUGUCUGCCAUGGCGGUUGUAGGGAUUGAUCUUGGUUCAUAUUCUUCUUACAUCGCUGUCGCUCGAGCAGGAGGGAUUGAAACAAUUGAUAAUGAGUACAGUGCAAGAAUGACACCGACCUAUGUGUCUUUCAAUGAAAAGAACCGAACUAUUGGUUAUGGCGCCAAGCAGCAGAGUGUGACCAACUUCAGGAACACAGUAGCAGGUUUCACACGCAUUGUAGGACGGCAGUUUGAAGAUCCAGCGGUGCAGAGUGAAGUGAAUGCUUUCUUCCGACCAAAUGAAGUGGCCGCUGACAAGGCAGGGAAUGCAGUCAUUCAGGCGAUGUACAUGGGAGAGAAGCAGAGCUUCACACCAGAACAGCUGACUGGCAUGAUGCUGAGCAAGCUGAAACACAUCGCAGAGUCGGCACUCAAGACCAAAGUUGUUGAUGUCGUCCUGUCUGUGCCGACGUUCUACACAGAUGCUGAGAGACAUGCUCUUCUUGACUCCUGUCAGAUGGCUGGUCUCAACUGUCUCCGUCUCAUGAAUGAUACCACAGCAGCGGCUCUUGCCUAUGGCAUCUACAAGCAGGACCUUCCAGCUGAGACAGAAAAACCCAGAAACGUCAUCAUCAUCGACUUUGGCUACUCCUCCUUGCAGACAGCAGCGUGCUCAUUCAAUAAAGGCAAGCUGAAGGUGGCUGCAACUUCCUCGGACCCCCAGCUAGGUGGACGCAACUUUGACGAAAAGCUUCAUGAGGUGUUCCGAGAAGAAUUCAAGACAAAGUACAAAAUUGACCUGGAGACCAAGCCAAAGCCUUAUCUGCGCAUGCUUCAAGAGUGCGAGAAACUCAAGAAAUUGAUGAGUGCAAACACACAGAACAUUCCAAUCAAUAUUGAGUGUCUCCAUGAUGACAGAGAUUUCAAAUCCAAAAUGGACAGAACUCGAUUUGAAGAGCUCUGUGAAGAUUUGCUAAAAAGAAUAGAAAGCCUCCUGAAGGAUAUUCUGGAAAAGUCAAUGUGGAAAACUAGUGACAUAUACUCGGUGGAAAUUGUCGGUGGUUCUAGUCGUAUUCCGUCAUUCAAGAAAUUGGUUACAACCAUAUUUGGCAAAGAGCCUAGUACCACUCUCAAUUCUGACGAGGCCACAUGCAGAGGCUGUGCUCUACAGUGUGCAAUUCUGUCACCAACGUUCCGAGUGCGGGACUUCCACGUGACAAACUCGCAGCCCUACCCCGUCACACUCAGCUGGCAAGGGACGAUAGACGAAGACAGUUCCCUUGAGGUGUUCCCACAGAACCAUGCUGCACCAUUCUCCAAGAUGCUGACGUUCUACAGGAAGGAACCAUUUACACUGUUCGCUAAAUACACAUACCCCAACAAUAUUCCAUACCCAAGACCAGAGAUAGGAUCUUUCCUGAUAGACAAGGUUGUACCCCAGAGUAGUGGGGACAGCUCCAAGGUCAAGGUGAAAGUGAGAAUAGACAGUAACGGUAUAUUCAAAAUAGCGCAGGCCAGCAUGGUGGAGAAGCUUGGGGAAGAGGAGAGCUCCCAGAAUGAGAUGAUGGAUGUGGAUGAGGAGAAGAAAGAGGAAAAGAACGGAGAAGCUAAUGAGGAAAAUAGCAAGGAGGCCAGCACUGAGGAGACUCCCAUGCAGACAGAUGACACCGCUGCGGCGGAGAACAGCACAGAACAGGCAGGGGACGAGACUCAGCCUAUGUCAAACUCUGAUGAGAAACCAGCGGAGGGAGAGGAGGAAAAGAAGAAGGGGAACAAAAAACCAAAGAAGAUGACACGGACAGUCGAACUGCCAGUCCAUUCAACCACCCCAGCAAUCCCUAAAGAUCAGCUGAAUUUGUAUGUAGAGAAAGAGAACCAGAUGAUCAUGCAAGACAAGCUUGAGAAGGAACGGGCAGAUGCUAAGAAUGCUGUAGAGGAAUACGUGUACGAGAUGAGAGAUAAACUCAGCACCACACUAGAGGAGUACGCCAAGGAAGAGGAUCGGGCUCACCUAAGCAAGUUGUUGGAGGACACAGAAGAAUGGCUCUAUGACGAGGGUGAUGAUCAGAAUAAGCAAGUCUAUGUUGACAAACUGGCAAGUUUAAAGAAACUUGGCCAGCCAAUUGUGGACCGCCAUAGAGAGGCUCAGGACAGGCCACAGGCAUUUAGCGAGAUAGGUGCUUCACUUCAGCAUGUAAGGAAAUUCUUGGAUUUGUGGAGUCAAAAGGAUGAGAAGUACGACCAUAUAGAAAAAUCUGAUGUGGACAAAGUGCAGAAAUGUUACGAUGAAAAGUUGAAGUGGUACGAGACGAACAUGAACAUUUCAAGCAAUGCUCAGAAAUAUGACAGUCCAACUGUGCUGGUUUCACAGAUUAUACAACAGAAGCAGUCUUUAGAGUCUACUGUUGCACCAAUUAUGUCCAAACCAAAACCUAAAGUAGAACCUCCGAAAGAAGAAAAGAAGGAGCAGAACAAAGGAGGAGAGAAGAAAGAAGAAGCUGCCCCCGAGGAACCAAAGUCAGCGAAACAAGAAGCAGACGUCAAGCCGGAAAUGGAUGUAGAUUAGUAAUUUGCCAAUGCUAUGGUAUUGUUUGUGAUUGGUACUGGCAGUGUGUUGUACUGCAAGCAUGCAUCAGAAGGACGUUCUAAAGUUGUAUGAAAGUGCUGUUCUCUAACUUAUUUCAAAUCUGAUUUGUUUAAUUGUGUUUCACAAUGUUCACAGUUGUCACUCACAAGUUGUUAUGCCAGUGGAGAAAGUUCUCAUAGGGCUGUCAUUUCGUUAAUGGUAAUUGAUUCAGUACUUAGGGACAUCUUUAUCAUAAAAUGUUGUUAGAUAUAUUUGUUCUGCAAUUAGAUCAAUAAACACUAGGGAUUGAUUAGAAAACAACGUCCACACCUCGCAGUCGAGUAAAUCUUAAACAGUUCUCACUUACAUUAAAGAUGUGUAAAAACAUGGAAAAACACCCAUCUAGCAUCAGAUGUACGAAUCCAUUUGUUGACAUGUUGACUUGAAGGUGAUGUGAUCAAGCAGGUGAUGCAGGUGGAUUCAGUGUUUGAAACUGACAUGUUCGCUAGUCCAAAACUAGUAUAAUUCUGGAAAGACAAGUGAUAUUUCCAAGUACACUUUACCAUUAAGUAGAUGGUGUCUCUAGCAGAUAAGUUUUCCGGUCUAACAAAGUGACUGGUGUUUUCUAACCCUGAAGUGCCCUCUUAUGAUUUGUACUGGCAGUUUGAAGUGAGAUCGUUAAGGGAUGAUUAGCCGUCGUUAUCGUCUCCCUCCGUGGAUGCUACUGUACUUAGUAUUGUAUAUGUAAGGUUUGUGAUGUGUAGGCAGGAAUCAAAAUGUUAAUGAUUUAUUGAUGUGAAAGACUGGUUAUCGUUUAUCAUUCUCAUGUUACUGUUUUACUCUGGAAGUAUUGUUUGUUUUCUGAAGAAUACAAACCUCAUGUUGCUCUCCGUCUUGUACAGGGGACAUUGGGGACCAGUGGCCUGUGACGUCGUGCUGUGCAGAGUUCUGUCCCUUAACACCUCAGCCAGUCCUCCAUUCCCCUAUGUAUUGUAUCAAGCUCCUAGCAUGUGGCGCCUUUGUGAGCUCCCAGUAACAUCACCAUCACCUGUCUGUGUGUGGCCAUCACAAGAAUCCUACAAAUAUCCUCUCUAACCCCAAAUUUAGCAUAUUUUUUCGUACGUAUGUCUUUUGGAUUAGCAUAUUUUUAUGUAUGGUAUGUCUGUUGGAUUGCCAUUCUACAGGAUUGGGAAAAGUUUUAAAUAUUUCCAAGAUUUGGUUACAUUGACCUGCAACUCUGAACCAAUCUGACAAAUGAAAACGCUCCUAUACUGUAUCUCUAACAUGAUAGUUGAAAUUCAAAUUCUUAAACAAAUAUGACAAUUCAGAUGGGGAAAGAGUAGUCAUCACUUCUUUGUAAACCUGAGUCAGUUGACAGUGGCGAGUUAGGACUGGUUCCAAUGUUCUUGUAGAGAGCUCUGUCAACGUAGGCUGUCACUGCAGGGAGCUUGGUAUUGUAUGCCCAUUUAUUUAUAAUGAAUCUAUUGGACCCAUUAGGAAACACAACAUAAUUAAAGAGUCGGAUUUGAAUGAAACAGUACCUAAGUACCUGUUAAUCGAAUUAUGCUGUUGUUGGUGGGAGCUUAUGUACCAGUGGUCUUGGUAUUGCUCAUCCUGGAGUAGACAUGCACAGGUUAACAUGGGAUUGGCCGUGUUCUGCUGGUGGAGAAUUCCAAUCCAAGGUUCACCUUUGACCUAGGCCUGUCUGUCAGCUCAGUUAAGCUUACAGGUUUUCUUGAAGUUAUAGGCAUUGAAAAAACUGUCUGUCUGGGCUCUCCGACAUGCAGUGAUACAGUUGAACUACAGGGUCACUGAACCAACUCCAGUUGUACAGUUCGUGGUUCAUCAACAUAAUCAUCUUACUACAUACUGGUAAAUAUAUGUAUGUCCUUACUGAAAUAAUUUGACACAGUAUGUGUACAAUUUUGUUUAUGAAUACACUGGCCAUGGUUGCUCUGAAGCAAGCCAUGAAUAGACACCAUUUAUCAUUGUGUUAGAACAGUCUCAGUGCCAAGACCUUUACAGCCUAUUUGUCAGGGUUCUCCAAACACAGGAACCAUAGAAAUUAUUCCAAGAGACGAUGGUAGAUGCUGAUAAGAGUUAUCGAAUGGUCCUUCUAUAUUGCAUGAUCUUCAAGUGAAGGUAGAAACAUUUUGAGUGUUGUAAAUGGAAGCCAUGGCGUCAAGAUGUGGAGAGUCUGGCAUGGUCGACAGUCACACUGUGCAUACAAAUAUUCACAAUUAUAUUUAUAGAUCUUCAUACAACUAUUGAAACAUUUGUUAAUCUUAUGUUUUCUGACACAAAAGCCUGCUCUUUAUCUGAGGGAGCUUUGAUAAAGAUUUUCAUUGUUUGGAGUUUGCUGUUUUAAAUUGCCAUGUUUAAUGAUACAUUGGUUCACAACUCACAAAUUAGUCCAUCUUUGAGGAGCAUGGAUCAAAUAAAGGCGUUCUAUGUUUUGAGUCACUACAUUUGUCCUACCAUCGAUGUACAUUUUAAGAUUGUAAUAAAAUUGUAACUACAUGUAUUAAAUUUAUUUUGUCAUUUCUGUAAAUCCAGUUGCUGUAUUAAGCCUUGUGUUGUCUAUAAACUCCAUACACUGCAGAUACAUUCACAUGUGUCUAUAAUGGGAACCUGCAAACCAGACUGUUCCACAUAGCAGUCUAGGUGCUAUGACAGUUGUAAACCAUGGUAUACGAUCAUGUUAGCACCUAGACUGCUAUGUGAAACAGGAUCCAGAUGUGCUUCAUUAUAUCAGUUACGUAAGAAUUGUGCUACAAGGAAUUGCGGAUUAUCUGUCAUGAAUGUUGUUGGUUUUGUUAGUUGUGAACAAUCAACUUCUUGAAGGAUAGAUAAUAUGUCAUUUCAAUUAGUGAACAAGUUUAUUCUGUGUCUAAUAUUUCCAUUUAAGUUAUUAUUUUUAUUUUUGGGGGGGUAAAAGAAGAAUUACGUGAGUUUCCCAGUAAGUGGCAGAUUCCCUAUUUUAAUAAUACUAUCUGCGGGCUCAUGCAUUAUAAUGGGGUGAUCUUCAGUUACUUUCUGCUAAGUGUUGAUAUGUUGUGUUGCUAUUGACCACUGAAAACGAAGGAAAAUAUUUUCUUGAUCCAAUCAGUGAGAUGGAGCAGAUAUUGAAUGCUCGGCAAGAUUUCACCUAUAUAUACCACUGGUCUAUAACUGAAAUACUGCCCAUGGUAGUGUUAAACUCUGUCACUCCCUGUCCCUAUGGGGAAUAUAAGGGAUUGACUGAGCAGGAAGUUUCAUGUCUUCCCUGGAAAAGCUGUCCUGGUACAUGGGUAGGGUUUUGUGUAGCAGUGAGAUGAUGCAGAAAUAUCUCCCUCUAAUAAUUGGAAAUUGUUUCGGUUCCUAUCGGUUGAUACCAAAGUUAAUAUCAUUUGCAAAAGUACUUAAACCACUAUUUAUUACACAUUCACAUCGGUCUGUGUAUUUGCAAGUUGUAAAUUUUUGGAGUAACCACUAAAAUACCAAAUCAAAUACAAAUACGUGCGAUAGAGGAAGAUUCCCAUGUUUGAAUGUAAAUGUAAGUCAGAGUGUCCAAGUAUUGAAUUUGUUUCUUGCCAGAAUAGACACAUCCCAUAAAUAUAACGUCCAUCCUUCAUCUCAGUCAGUUUCAGUCAUUGCAAUAUUAAUACUCUUUGGUCCAGUGAGAAUGGCAGGGUAUAUUAUUUGUUUCCCUUCAUAUAGAUUCUGAUAACUAAGUGACCCAACCAAGUGUCCGAAGUAUGGUCUGUUGUGAAAAUGUUUGAAGUAGCCCAGUAAAUUGCUGAUGGACAUGCGAAUGUAUGUGUAUCCGUGCUGCUAGUGUUUGUCUUUCAGAGUAAGUUCCAGUGUCGCAGUAAAUGUGUAAUUGGUGCAUGAAGGAUAAGUGACAUUUAGUUCUGAGCUGGUACUUUUACUGUUUACUGAAAGGCAUCUCUAUUGCAAAUCACUUUACAAACAGGUGGAAAUUAAAAUUCCAUUUUUCACCCUGAUGAACACAAAGAAAACAUAGGACGUGGAUUUAGUGAAAGUAUGAUAUCCCUCAGAUCUAGUCUUGGUGUCCACGAAACUUCCUUGGAUUGGUUUAAGAGUUACAAUAUUCGCAGUAAUGUGGAACUUAUAUCAUCAGUCAGUAUAAUCUUAAUCAAACAUGUAGCAGAUUAAACAUGGUUCACCAUUUGCUUCCUGGUUUGGGUUUUCCCGUUUAUGUAGCAGAAUGCAUUUGUAUCUGCUUGGACACGCAGCCACCACAUUGAGGGCAUUGGUCACGUAAUGCUACCAUCGAACAAUUUUUCCUUUUAUUUUCAAGAGAAAUCACUGAAAUCAGGUCAUCAUUUUAACAUAUACCAUUUAUAGCACAUCAUGCGACUUAUGUUCCAUGCGUCAUCCAUAUAUUUGUGUCUGUGAUACUCAAUUGAUAGCUUUUGUAGUACAACUUGACCUUGAAAAUAGCUGCUGUAGCUAUGGCAACUGAUGAAGUUAUUCAUUCAGCAUCUUAAGAGUUGGUAUACAUUUGUCAUAUUUUAUGUCCAGAACUUUGACACUGCAGUAAAUAAAGAAAUUGCCAUAAUUAA